GGCGAACGUUACAAAGCGGUCCAAAUGUGGACCUAACGUUAAAUGGUUCGCCUCAUCCGAGGGACGUCCCCUGUUUACUGGGGUGGCCUUCCAGGUCCGCACACUCCACGUUGGGACACAGCUGCAGCGUCGGUGUGACGCAAUCGCACUUCAUAUCCGGUCUCGGAAGGGCGCGCGCUGCACUUUUGGACACAGCUGACGUCACUACUAGCGUCAUCAGUCAGCGUUGGUCUCCUGAGCAAUUCACCUACAGUUCAGCAUUUUCAAAGCGGUUUACCAAUAAGUGCUGGAAUGUUCCCACUAGCCUAAAAGUGAAGAGGAUAAAGUUGGUGAGAGAAAAUUGAAAACAUGAAUGAUCCAGAGCCCUGCGUAAUAAAACAGGAAGAUAUUGAACAGCAAAUAGAAUACCAGGCCCAGAAAGAUCCAGCAGCUGUUCAAGUGAACACUGGCCAGAGAACAAGGAGAUUGAAGAGCUCGUUGAAGCGGGGGAGAAACAUCAGGUCAAAACUGAAGAGAUAUCCUGGAGUUCCUCAUUGAAAAACAACAAUAUAUGUCUCACUUGCUCUCACUGUGGAAAGAGUUUCUCAGGCAAGCAAAAUCUUGGCCUUGACGUAAUAUUUCAUUGUGGAGGGAAGCCAUAUGCAUGUGAUGAGUGCAAGAUUUUGCCAAUAAAAGGAAACCUUAUUGAACCCAUGAAAAUUCACACUGCAGAAAAGCCACACACAUGUGAUCAAUGUGGGAAGAGUUUCCCAUAUAGAGGAAACCUUGACAAACACAUGAGGAUCCACACUGGAGAAAAGCCACACAAAUGUGAUCAAUGUGGGAAGAGUUUCGCACAAAAAGGAAACCUUAAAGAACAUAUGAAAAUCCACACUGGACAGAAGCCAUACACAUGUGAUCAGUGUGGGAAGAGUUUCACACAUAAAGGAAACCUUACUGUACACAAGAAAAUCCACACUGGAGAGAAACCAUAUGCAUGUGAUCAUUGUGGGAAGUGUUUCAUACAAAAAGUUCCUUUAAAUGAUCACAUGAGGAUCCAUACUGGAGAGAAGCCGCACACAUGUGAUCAGUGCGGGAAGGGUUUCAUACAAAAAAGAAACCUUAAUGAACACAUAAAAAAAGUCCACACUUGGGAGAGGCCAUUCACAUGUGAUCAGUGCGGAAAGAGUUUUACACAAAAAAGAAACCUUAAUGAACACAUGAAAGUCCACACUGGAGAGAGGCUGUUCACAUGUGAUACGUGCGGGAAGAGAUUCACACUUAAAGGAAACCUAAAUGAACACAUGAAGAUCCACACUGGAGAGAAGCCAUAUGCAUGUGGUCAGUGCGGGAAGUGUUUCAUACAUAAAGCAAGCCUUAACAAACACAUGACAAUUCACACGGGAGAGAAACCGCACACGUGUGCUCAAUGUGGGAAGAGUUAUACACAAAAAGGAGGCCUUAAAGACCACAUGAAAAUCCACACUGGAGAAAAGCCACACACAUGUGAUCAAUGUGGGAAGAGUUUCAGAAAAUCUGGCGUUUUUAAAGAACAUCUGCUUAUUCAUUCUAGAAAAAGGCUGUAUAGCUGUGAUCAAUGCGGUAAAACGUUUUUAAGGGCAAAUUUCAUGAAGGAUCACCUAAAAGUUCAUACAAAGGAGAAGCCUUAUGUAUGUUCUUUGUGUGGAAAGAGUUUUAGUCAGAUGGGUACUUUAAAAUUGCACCAGAAAAGACACAGCGGUGUGAAGGAUCAUGCUUGCUCUGACUGUGGUAAGGCUUUUUUUACAGAUGGUGCACUGAAAGUGCACAGGACCGUUCACACUAGAGAAACCCCUUAUAAGUGUUCACACUGUGACAAGAGCUUCAAACGCUCAGAAUAUCUGAGGAUACAUGAGAGGAUCCACACUGGAGAGAAGCCGUAUCACUGCCAUUCAUGUGGGAAGAGUUUCACUCAUUUUUCUUCUCUAACCACUCAUAAAAAAAUGCAUGUCUGAGAUUAUAGUUCGAGUUCUGAUCUGUAAGACUGCAUAAAAUAAUUAUAUUGAUACUUGAUUAUUCAAAGAUUAUUAGAACAUUUAAUGAACUGAUGAUUAUUUCAGAUGAAUAUUUUUCUAUUAAUCAUUUUAUUAAUUGUUCUAAUCAUAUUAUUAUCAUUAAUCAGUUAUUAUUCAUAACAGUUUUUCCCCCCAGGCCAUAUCCCACCUGAACAACACAUAACACACCUCAGUACUGUACAUCUGUACAUAGCAUAUAGGCACAUUCACAGUUCUGUCAAUGGACAUUUUUGCUUUUUCUGUAUAUUUUUAUUACUAUUGUUAUUUAUAAUUUAUUGUCUAUUCUCUCUAAUGUUAGUGUUUUAUUACCUUAAUUUUAUGUAUGUCUACACUAUGUUUGUACUUUCUGUACUGGAAGCUCCUAACACUAAGACUUAUUGCUUGUGUGUGUAAACACACUUUGCAAUAAAGCUCUUUCUGAUUCUGAUUUGUCUUUCUGUGUUUUUAAAUUUAUAUCACUUAGGGUGGGUUGCACCAACAAGGAUUAAAUGAAGUAGUUUAGAGUGAAUCAAGGAUUUGUUGAUCUGGGUUUUAUUUUAAAUCAAGUUUUGUUGCACCACUUAAUUUUAAACACAGUUUACCAAUUUGCAGAUUAGAAUUCUAACAUGCGAUUAAAAUCUCCAACUAUGAUUAAUUUUUUUUUUAGGGAUGUCACAAGAACCGAUACUACGGUACCAAGUCAGUACUAUUUCUUCCAAAAUUUUGCUAUCAAUUUCUUCAAAAACAGACAUAGUAUCUUCUUUUUGAUAUUGCAGCCGAAUCUGUCUGACCUCUGCAUUACUUGAGGAUGUGCUAAUCUCUUUCCUGAUAUUGAUGAUCUUCUCAGAAAAGAAGGAAGCAAACUCACUGCAUUUGCUGUCUGAGAGCAUUUCACUGGCAGUCUGACUCGGGGGGUUUGUCUCUCCCUCAACAGUAGCAAAAAAAGUACAAGUGUUGUUUAAGUUACUGUUUAUAAGAUUUGAGAAGAAUCUCUGUCUACCUGUGGCUAGUUUCACAUUAAAAGCAUGAAGGCUGUCUUUAUAGAUGCUAUAGUGAAUUUCAAGUUUCAUCUUCCGCCACAUCUGCUCGGCUUUUCUG